UAUUCGUUUUUCUUCCUUUGCGACCAGGAGCUUUUCUGCAGCCCGCAGUUUUCCCGAAAACUUACGACCGUGCAGAUUUAUGGCCGGAAAAUCAUAGUACGGAAAAUUCGAUUUCUCAACCCUUGGUGUUUGUGUGUGCAAAACGUUUUUAACUUUUCAGCUUGGUUAACAAAUAAAAAAAAAAUAGUGACCGCGACAACAACAACACACGCGCGCGCCGCUCUUUCGCGUUUUUGUGCGUGUGUGUGAGUGCGUCAGUGUGAUAGAGAGGGGUGAUUGAAUUAUGGCAUAAUUUGAAUAAUUAUGAUAGCAGAAUACACGCUGCCACCGCCGAAUGUGAAUUUAGAAAAGCAGGAAAAGGACAGGAAGGGCGACAGUUUGCCGCUGGCCCAUUUGGAAAACGAAGUUAGCCGCAUACGCCUUGUGAAAUCGAUCAGAGCGAAUUCGCCGGAAUCGACGUCGACGUCCUCGGGCGAAAUAACGGAGAAAAUCCUUUGGUGGGGCGAACAGAGGGAUAAAGCGGGCACCGUUAGCAUCAUCAGCUGUGACAGAGCCGCCCGAAAGCUUGCCCAAAGGAAAAGGUCAAACAGGCAGCAGCGACAUCAGCAACAACAACAACUGCAGCAGCACUCGAAGGAGGAGAUAAAAGGCAAAGAGGAACAAGAGAAGCUCGGGCCAAGAGAGAAUAAGAAGAAGCGCCCAAAGAGGGGCAAGAAAAAGCAGCAGCAGCAGCAUCCCCUCGUCAAUACCAAUACCGAUACAAAUAAGUUACGUUACAGUGUGCGCAGCAAGAGCCUUGCCGUAUUUUUAGAUUAUUUGCGACAGUGUCCCGCCAUCGAAAUCGUCGCUGGCCGCUGUGACGUCCGUAGUAGCAGCCACGCCUACAGCCUACAAGACAGUCAACCGCCGCCAAAGCCCGACCCCGACCCCGCCCUUGCCCACGGGCAUACGCUUCUGCCGCUGCCGACGUCGCUGCUGCGCAAAUACGCCGCCAACAACGGCAGCGGUUGCAAUUUCGAGCAUAAAACCAAAAUUUAUGCUCUAUAUCGUCACCUGGAGAUCGGUGGCCCGCUCGAACAAGUGCAACAGCAACAGCAGCUGAAAGUCGGCCACAUCCAGCUGCGCUUCAAGAUGCUCUUUGCCGAACCACCGCCGCUGCCGCCCCCUCAGGGUCAUGCCAGCGGUGCCCAUGGCCACGCCCAUGCACAUGCACAUGCCGAAGCUGUGCCAACGCCACCUGGGGGCGAGCAGGUGAUGCCGCUGCCGACAGUGCUGCUGCAGGAUCAGCAGCCGGGCGAACUUUUGGCAGGCACUAACAGCAACGUUGAGCUAAUGGAGGCCAUGAAGAAAUUGGACGCUGAUCUGGUGGCUCUCUUCGCCACCGCUGCCUCUACUGAUCCGCUGACGAAGAAACAGCAGCAACAGCAACAGCAGCAGGUCGUUCUAUGGCCGGAAUCGGAGACAGAGCAGAUCGCUGAGGACUCUGAGGAGGAGCUGGUGAUCACACCGGAAAUAUUCAGGAGCUGCAAGGCUUUGCAGCUCGAUUUGGAGGCGCUGACUCUUCAACCGGAGGGGACGGAGCGCAUGGAAUUGGUUCAGAACGAAGUGCGACCCAUUUUUACCGUGGAGUGCCAGCUGUCCGGCGACUUGAUCCGUAAAGUGCCCCGCUACCCGAUGUUCCACAUCAUGCAAUUUGAGUCGGAGAAGUUCCAGAGCCUGACGCAGUGCACCCGUUUCGGGCAGAGCGCUCAGCGGCAGGUGGAGCUUAAGGAUUGGGAUCUGGCCACUGGUCAUGUAGACAUUACGGUUUGGUGGCGCGAACCGGGCACCUGUCUCAACGAAAUGCUGGGCAUGGGUCGUUUGGAGCUCCGGGAGCUCUACAAGGCCUCGCUGCUCGAGCAGUGCAAGUGCAUUGCCAUUAAGCGUCGCGAUGUUCAUCUCGGUAGUGUUUAUGCAAAGAUUAGUCUGCUGCAGAACGCUAAUGGAGGCGGAAAUGGAAACGGUAAUGAAGGCCAGGAGCAGCAGCAGCAGCAAAAGAACGAAAGUGGAAACAAGGCAGCAGCUAACUGCAACUCGAAGGCCGUCUCAACUCCCCCGCAACCGCCGCCUCCGCUGCCACCACCGCCAGCUCCUCCCCAAGCCACCAGCAACAACAACAAGGCUAAGUUGGACUGCAUGAGUUUCAUGGCGGAGACCAAUAAAGUGCGUCUCCUCCGUGGCUAUAUCUAUGCCGGGGAGCUGCGUCAAUUAUCGCCGGCGGAUCAGGCGCGCUGCCAGCAGCUAAGCUUGCAGCCCUUUUGGCAAGAGCAGCCGUUACUUGUCCAGAUCAGCGAUGGCUGUAACGGAUCGUUUCCGCUUCAAGAGCAGUUUGCUGUGAUCAACGACGAGCGAUUCCUGCAGAGUGUUGAGCGCCAGCAGCUGCUCCUGGAGCUGCGGCCACUGGGCGGUGUUGUGCGAUUGCCGCUGCAUCAGUUCUACAUCGCCUACCGAGAUGCCAGCAUCACCAAUCACCUGUGCAAGGGAAAGCUGCCCGUGAUUUCCAUCGAUGGCUGGGCACCGAUUGUCAGAGCCGAGUCACAGCUGCCCAUUGGUGAGCUCAAGGUGCUCCUGGCCAUUGGCAGUGAGUCGCAGAUUGCCCAACUGAAGCAGCAGCGAGGCUUUGACCAAGACAACAAUCGUGUGGCGGCUCCUCCAAGUCGCACCACCACUGAUCUGCUGGACAUGCUUCAGAUUGCCAUCUCAGCACCGACGCCCAGUGGCUCAACACCGGUGAUGCCACCGCCGCCGGCACCUCCACUAACCUCCGCUAACUUCAGUUUCCAGCUGCGCAUUGUAGGAGCUGCUGGAUUGCCCUUGAAUCCCGGCUAUGGAAAGUCCAAGAAGCAGGGCAAACGUCAGGCGGCCGCCAAGCGAUUCCCGCCCAACGAACCACCCAACACUUAUGUGACCUUUCAGGCAGCCGAUUGCAACAGUCCGACGUACAAGUCUCAUGAGGGAUUGGUCUACGCCACGCCCGUUGUGGAGAAGUCCACGAAGCCACAAUGGCUUAGUAAGUUCCGGGUGGAUGUGAGUCGUGAUUACAGAAGCAAUCCCCAGAAGCUCUUCAUUUUGAAGCUAUGGAAGAAGGCAAUCGUUAGUCCAAAUGGCAUCACUGAGCCCACGCCACACGAGGAUGCCAUAAUAGGAUUCGCUGCACUGAAUCUCAAUCAGAAGCAACCGGGCGGCGGCUUUCCCAGUGGCUGGCACAACAUAGUUGACUUUAAUGGACGCGUCACAGGCGGAAUUGAGGCGCAUGUGGAACCGUUACCGCCCAGUGUGGACACCGUGAUUGAUCAGUUUGAGAAAUCCAUGGAGCUAAGUCACCUACAGUUGGGUCAGGCCAUCAAGCGAAAGUACACAGAGCUGGAGGAGAUCUCGCAGCGUUUACGAUCUCGUUUGGUGGACGUUACAGGGGAAACUCUGAAGUUUCCCGAAUUCGAUGUGGAUGCAGCGUUGGACAACUGGCAGCAGGAUGGCGAUGAUGACGAGUUGGCGGCCGACUUUGAGCGUGCCCUGCGAACUCCCACGCCUCCACCGCCAGCAAAUUCACCAAAGCCCUCGACUAGCACCAGCGCACAACAGCAACAGCAACAUUUUGAAAAUGCAAAUGCCCAGGAAUAGCCCAGGGCCAAGAGUCAUGUAUGCGUGUUUUUACCCCUCUCAUCAGCAUCUCGGUGUCGUCUCUGAUAUUGGCUCAAACUGUAGCUGUAGUUAAUAGCCAUCUCUAGUUAUAGACUAUGAUAUAUAUAUAAUACACAGAUCUUAAUCUGAUGCUGUACUUAAAUUUUGGCAUCCCAAUUUUGCCUCGAUUCACCACCCCGUCGUCUUAUGGCUGUCUAUAUGAAUAUAGCAUAAAAUCAAAGCUAACAACGAUCACCCAGCGAUCGUUCCAUUGCGUUACAAUUUGUCGAUUGAAUAUUUUAUUGUUUUAAGUCACGGAAGCAAACCCCAAACAACAACCACACGGAAUAUGUAUUAGUUUCGGAACUGUGUUAAUCACCUAAGUAUUUAGACACUAUUACUUAAUACAAAUUUAAAUAAAAUUAUAAAAUGCUAAUGCAAAA